AUGUGUGGGAUUUUAUUAAACAUUACAAAAAAUUAUUUAAAUAUUCCGUCAUGUAUACCUUUGAAUUAUGAUUCAAAUGAUAAAUUUCAAUCAUGGGAAACUCAAGACUCAAAAGUUAUUCUGAAUUUUUUAAAAUCUGGCUCAAAAUUAAAUCCAUUAACUGAUCAACAAUUAAAGAAAUUAAAUAAUUUAGAUAAAUUACGAGAUUUAAAUUUACAACUCACAAAAAUCAAAAAUAAUGUUAAAAUUUCAAAAGAAUUAAAAGAAGAAAAAAUAAAUGAAAUUCAAAGUCAAAUUGAUGAGUUUACAAAAGAAGAUGACGCAAAUAAUCAAAAUAAUAAUGAAACGUUUAAUGAUUUAAUUUAUAAAAUAGCAAAUCGAGGACCAAAUUAUCUAAAUUUUACUCGAUUUAAUCAUGAUAGUGUUAAUUUUCAAUUAUUUACUUCGAUUUUAUCUUUAAGAAAACCAUUUACUUCACAACCAAUAUUUAAAGAUGACUUUAUAUUUCAAUUUAAUGGAGAAUUAUAUAAUCAAGAGUGUUUAGAUUGCAAUGAUACACAAUUCAUAAUUAACAAAUUGCAUGAAAAUUUAUUAGAUGAUAGAAAUGGCUCUAUUAUAAAGACUUUAAAAUCGUUAGAAGGAGAAUUUGCAAUUAUAUUGAUUGAUUUAAGUGAUAAUAAAAUAUAUUUUGGAAGAGAUUCAAUAGGUAAACGUUCAUUAACUUACUCAUUAAAUUCUCAAGAAUUAAUCAUAUCAUCAGUCUCACUACCUAAUUUUAUUGAUUGUAAAAAUGAAAUAUAUGAGUAUAAUUUAUUAACAAAUGAUUUAAUAACACAUAAACUACAUUAUUUACCAAAACCUACAUUUGAAACUAGUAAAACAGAAAAUGAAUUAGUGCUGGAGUUGUAUACCAGAUUAUUAAAUUCAACUAAAAUACGACUAGACUCGAUUUUUCCACUCACAACAACUGAAAAUGAAAGUAAAUUGGCUAUUCUAUUUAGUGGUGGCUUAGAUUGUACUAUAAUUGCAAAUCUAAUAUGUAGAUUAAUAUCAAAUCAAAGUAUUGAUUUAUUAACUGUUGGGUUUGAAAAUCCAAGAACUAAAUUAUCAAGUUUUGAAAGUCCUGAUAGAAAAUUAGCAUUAAAAUCAUGGUUUCAUUUAUCUAAAUUAUUUCCAAAGCUUAAAAUUCAAUUAGUUGAAAUCAAUGUUGAUUAUAAAACAUGGCUAUUACAUAAAUCAAGAGUUUCGAAAUUAAUGUAUCCUUGUAAUACAGAAAUGGAUUUAUCAAUAGCUAUAGCAUUUUAUUUUGCAAGUUCAAACAUACCAGAAAUUACCACAAUGAGUCAAUUAAAUGAUUAUACUGUGGAUUGGCAAGAAUUUGAAACUACUCCUGAUAAUUUUAUUACUAGGUUAGAUCACUAUGACUCAACAAGUAAAGUUUUAUUUAGUGGAUUAGGCGCAGAUGAAUUAUUUGGUGGUUAUUCGAGACAUGAAGGUAUUUUUAAUGAAAUUAAUGAAGAAAAUAAUUAUAAAGAACUAGCAAAUUCUUUAAAUUAUGAUAUUUCAAUUAUUCAUCAACGUAAUUUAAGUAGAGAUGAUAAAGUUAUAAGUUGUUGGGGUAAAGAAUUAAGAUAUCCUUAUCUUGAUGAGUUUUUUGUUAAUUGGGUUAUUGAAUCAAUUCCACCACAAUUAAAAUUUAAAUAUGAAAUUAAACAAAAUAAAAAAGGUAAAGAUCAAUUAUAUCCUACUAGAAAGUAUUUAUUACGUGAAUUAGCAAAAUAUUUACAAAUGAAUUGGGUCUCUUUGGAAUUAAAAAGAGCUAUACAAUUUGGUGCAAAAAGUGCCAAAAUGGAAAUUGGUCAAAAUAAAACUAAAGGUACUGAUGAAUUAUUAUAA